AUGCCCGCUAUGAACCGUAUCGGGUACGCGGUCGGAGUGAUUGGUCUCGCAGCACUGCAGGGCAUUUACACUGUCGCUGAGCGCGACCUCGCCAAAGCCGGCACAAAUGAGCUCGCCGAGAAGCUCCAUCACAGAGAGCUCCUUUGUGGAGAUAUCCUCUGCGCUGUGCUCGAGUUGGAGCAGAAUGCCAAGCAUGUCGCUGUGAACGAGGACGUCGUCAUUGACACCGACGAUACGGUCCACAAGGAUGUCGCGGUUGUCGUCGACAACAGUUUGAUCGUUGAUGAGUACAACACGGAUCACGAGUUUGUCUGCAUCAACGAGAGCGAUGCAGAGAUGUCGCAGGCGGAUAGUGCCGAGUGGGAGCUUGUUUCGGAGGUGUCCGACUACCUAAUUUAGCGGGACCAUACCCAAGGUAGUGCCUACCUAUCUUGUGCGGUUGGGUAGUGUCCUGGGAAGCUCUCCUAUCUGAUUUGGAGAAGGCCGAGAUUGGAGGAAGCAUGAUGUUUUACCUUUCCUUUUUAAGAGGUUGUUACCACUACUUCGUGAUAGACAUCCGAAUGUACAGUCCAAAAGCUACAGCGA